UCUUUUCUUUCUUUCAAGUAAUAUUUCUGACUACAAACUUGUGCGUGUACAAGUGGAGACCCUCCAGAAGCACAGCCACCACUCAUUGAGUCGAGUCAGUCGACCAAAGCAAGCAGCCAAAUCCAUUCUCAAGUCUAAACCCUCUUUCUAACCCAAAUAACAAGAAGAAAACUAUGCCCAGUCCUUUAUUCUUCCUCCACCACCACCUACUCUCCUUUCUGCCUUUUUGCCGCAAUAUUCUUCCAUGGCCAAGAAUCUACAUGAAUAAUCCCAUAUCCAUAUCUCUCUUCGUCAUCACUGCACUCUCUCUACCGUUUACUCCUAGACAUGACUCUCCCUUAUACCCCAUCACCUUCUACAAGAAACACUAUCUCACCAGAAACCUGUGUCCUUCAUAGCUCUCAUUUCUAUCUACCCAGAAACCGCUCUUCUUUCUUUUCCAAUGAAUCCAGCCUCCUCAAGAAAGAAAGUCUUCCUUUCAAGCCUCGCGAGAAGCGAUCAACCAAGAGUUUUCUUCCCAUCUUGAGACUUAAGAACUCUAAACUCACGCACCCUUUUGCCAGUAUAUCCUCUUUCGCAGAAGCAGGAGGCGAGGAAGAGGGAAACGAAGGAAUUCAAAUCAAGAAACAUCAAGAAACGGUAAAAAACAAGGAAGAUGACUCUCCUGGAAUGGCCGGGGCCUUUGAUAUAUCCUCAAGAACAGCCUCUGCUAUAUCAAUAUUGAUAGCAUUUGCUGCUCUCAUUCUUCCCUUCUGUUUGAAGACUUUGGGACAGGGUUUGGACUUAAAAACCAAGUUCUUAUCAUACGUGACACUGUUAUUUGGAUUCUAUAUGGCUUGGAACAUAGGUGCCAAUGAUGUUGCUAAUGCCAUGGGGACUUCUGUGGGGUCUGGGGCAUUGACAAUGCGGCAAGCAGUGUUAACUGCAGCUGUUUUGGAGUUUUCAGGAGCGCUGUUAAUUGGUACUCAUGUGACCAGUACAAUGCAGAAAGGAAUUCUUGUUGCUAAUGUGUUUCAGGGAAAGGAUACUCUGCUUUUUGCAGGAUUGCUCUCUUCUUUGGCUGCUGCUGGUACUUGGUUGCAGGUUGCAUCAUAUUAUGGUUGGCCUGUCUCUACCACUCACUGUAUAAUAGGAUCAAUGGUUGGAUUUGGUCUUGUCUAUGGGGGACGUGGUGCUGUCUUCUGGAGUUCUCUGGCAAGGGUGACUUCAUCGUGGGUGAUCUCACCAUUAAUGGGAGCAAUGGUGUCGUUUCUCGUGUACAAAUUCAUCCGCAGGUUUGUAUACAGCGCUCCAAAUCCAGGACAAGCUGCGGCUGCAGCCGCACCAAUUGCUGUCUUUUUGGGUGUAACUGGAAUCUCUUUCGCAGCCUUUCCUCUAAGCGAGAUCUUUCCUUUGGCUCUAGCACAGGCUUUAGCCUGUGGGACCGCUGGUGCUUUCCUAGUUGACAGAAUUAUCCGGAAAAAGCUUGGCCAUCUCCUGGUGAAAGCUAGUUCGACACAACCCGAGCCAAAAGAGAACGCUAUACACAGCAAAAAUAUCGGGUUUCUCUCUGAUUUCGCAGGACCAAAGGGUACCCAGUUGGAAAUAGUUUAUGGAGUUUUCGGAUACAUGCAGAUCCUCUCAGCCUGCUUCAUGUCAUUUGCACACGGCGGAAAUGAUGUUUCCAAUGCAAUAGGUCCUUUGGCUGCUGCAUUAUCUAUUCUGCAUGGGGGUGCCAGUGGAACAGAUAUUGUUAUUCCAAUAGAUGUUCUAGCAUGGGGAGGAUUUGGUAUAGUUGCAGGGCUAAUGAUGUGGGGAUACAGAGUGAUAGCAACAAUUGGGAAGAAGAUAACCGAACUUACGCCUACUAGAGGAUUUGCGGCUGAGUUUGCUGCGGCUUCUGUGGUUCUAGUUGCAUCGAAGCUGGGACUGCCCGUCUCUGCAACGCAUACUUUGGUGGGUGCAGUAAUGGGAGUAGGUUUUGCAAGGGGACUGAACAGCGUUAGAGCGGAAACCGUGAGAGAGAUUGUGGUUUCAUGGGCUGUGACAAUUCCAGCAGGUGCUAUCUUUGCAGUUUUCUACACAUGGAUCUUGACCAAGCUGCUGUCUUACAUAUUGUGAGUAUAAAUUUACAAGAUCAAAAUGAAAAAGGCUUGAUGUAUGUGAUUAAUCAAAAUCACUCAUCUCUUAAAAGAAUUCGUGGUAUUAGGCCGUCUUUUUGAGCUGUGAUUUCCUUUUAGCAUCAGUAGCAAUUUCUAAUGAAACUGGGAAAACAAAAUGAUUUUUUUUUGGA